GCGAUGUGUUCGGUAACUUGUCAAGUCACGUGUAUUAGGCGCUGAGCAUGUGGCCGGUUGAACCGACCUCGUGCGAAUUUGGCGUGACGUAUCCGCCGCAUUUGAACGCUGUUGCCAGCGAGUUUUGAUUUUGAACUCCUCGGAGGCACGAAGCAAUGACGGAAUCAGCGGCAUCGUAUCCAAGGGAUAUUCGUGUUCGAAAUGUCGAUCUUUAUGUGCGAGGUCAAAAACGGACUGGGAAGCUUCAUCUUACUGCGUUUCAUCUGAUAUUCAUCUUUGAUGUCCCAAACACAAGCAAUGACGGUGGGAGGGUAAAUACGGAUCCCGACAUCAAGACAAAAUCGAACAUCGCAUCGCAAGAGACCAAGCCGCGGCCAAGAUCGAAGGAAAUAUGGGUACCAUAUCCGAUGAUCAACUCUUGCACUUUGAGACCGAGCCAUUUCCAAGGUCAGACUCAAGGCGAGCCGGGUGCUCUUGACCAUGACCAUGGUCCAGAAGAAACCGCAUUUCCCCCAGUGUUCGGCACGAGUGAACCCACGCGACCCUCUACUGACUCUGCACAUGCCAUCCCACGGCACUCGCUGGGUCACUCAUCUCGCCACGAAUAUGAUGCUCCUAACCCAGACCUUGUGGCACAGGAUGUGGGGAGAUCUCCGACGUUGCGGAUACGUCGGCGGGAUUUCCAAAUGAUGGCAUUUCACUUUUUGGGCACUUCUUCAGAUAAGUCGCCAGAUAGUGCAGCUAGGGAGGUGUUCUAUUGCCUGCGUGAAAAAUGCUGUGUUGAAACAGUCGAAUCAAUACAUGCCUUCCACUUCAAAGCUCCGCAGGAAGAGGCAGGCAUCAUGCGGCCUCCGUAUGAUGCCAGUCGAGAAUUCUCUCGGAUGGGCAUCGGUGGCAAGGCAACCGAAGGUCCUGGGAGCGCAUGGCGUUUGACGGAGAUUAAUAAGGACUAUGCCUACUCUGCCACUUAUCCAAGCAUUAUCUGUGUUCCGCAGGCAGUCAGUGACAAUGUACUCAAGUACGGUGGAGUGUUCCGCUCGAAGGCUCGCAUACCUGCUCUAUCGUAUCUACAUCAUAACGGAGGAAGUAUCACGAGAUCUUCACAGCCAUUAGUCGGACUACAGAAUCGACGCAAUCCGCAAGACGAGCGCCUCGUCUCCGCCAUAUUCGCCAGCCAUACUCCUCACUUGCAGUCUCCGGAGGACUCAACUCAGUCAACGCCAACAUUAGGGUCCGUCCCGCAUGGGGACGGUGAAACGAUACUCUCGACUACGCAGGUCGUCAACCACGACCGUGAGAACGCUGAGAACGAUGUGGCACCGAUAGAGGCUACAAACGAACAGGCACCGAUACCUUCGAAGAGGAUCUAUGGUAGCACUCGACGUAAUUUAAUCGUCGAUGCCCGACCAAAGAUCAAUGCGCUCGCCAAUCGUGCUACUGGUGGUGGCAUGGAAGACAUUUCGAACUAUACCGGAUCGACAGGCAUGCCCAUUGAGAAAAUCUUCCUCAACAUAGCAAAUAUCCACGUCAUGCGGCAGUCACUCGAACGUGUAGUUGAGAGUUUUGCGAACUCAGACUAUCUCGACACGAAGCCCGACCAAGAAAUGCUGCGCAAGUCAGGCUGGCUUUCUCACAUUUCAGGCAUGCUGGAGGGCGCGGACACUGUGGCGAGAGUUGUCGGACUGGGCGGCUCUCACGCUUUGGUUCACUGUUCUGACGGCUGGGAUCGGACAGCACAAAUAUCCGCACUAGCAGAAAUAAUGCUAGACCCAUAUUAUCGGACAUUGGAAGGAUUUAUCACGCUGGUACAGAAAGACUUCUUGUCUUUUGGUCACAAAUUUAAUCAUCGUCACGGCAUUCAGGGCAGCGACAAGUGGUUUGAAAUCGAGAACGAGCGUGUCAUGCCUUCGCGAUCGCGAGACGUGAGCGGGUCUGAGAACAAUGCACUCAACAACUUUGGCUCGAAAGCAUUGUCAGGCGCAAAGAGCUGGUUUGAGAAGAACCGCACAAAUUUAUUCCGUCCGUCAAAUGGAGGCAAAUCCAGUUCUGAAGGAUCAGGAUCUCGACCACCUUCACCACCCCCGAAUCCAGUCCUUCAUACCGUUUCUACAAGUGUCAACAAAGAAGAGAAGGAGCAUAGAACAGAUGUCAAGGAGAUAGCACCAAUAUUUCAUCAAUUUUUGGAUGCUGUCUUCCAGAUCCUAUAUCAUCAGCCAAACGCCUUUGAAUACAACGAACGGUUCUUGAGGCGAUUAUUAUAUCAGUCGUACGCUGGGCAGUAUGGCGAGUUCCUUUUCAAUAAUGAGAAAGAACGAAACUCAUAUCCUGGGCGUACGCCGUCUGUGUGGCCGCAUUUCCUGUCACGGAGACGCGAGUUCACCAAUGGAGAUUACGCGAAAGACAAGUAUGAUACCUUGCUGUUGCCUCGCAGGUAUUCUUCUGGAGGUAGCAUUGAAGUCCGAUGGUGGAGCGCACUCUUCGGGCGGAAGGAUGAGGAGAUGAAUACAUCACAUUCUCUGGCGCCCCCGGAUCAUGACAUGCUGCCAGCGAGGCCGGUUAUUGAAAGUCCAAUGCUUUCGGGACCAGCCACUAUAGAUACACCAACCGCGCGCCCGCAAACCAGCAAGCACGCGAAGCUUUCAGCAAACUCUUCAAGUGGGGAAGUGGAACUGUCGAACACCGCAACUGAGCAAAGACACUUUGAAUCGCUCGUGGUCCCUGAUCAAGGGACAUCGAACGUGAGCAUAUCCACCGCGGAAGCUUCUUCACAUCUGAACAGCGCAAAUGAACCGAACGAUCCACAGGACUUACAAAGUCAAGAUAUCGGAGGCCAACGCACUGAGGUAUCCGGUCAAUCGGACAACGAGUACGGCGACCCCCUCGGAGUCAUUGCCGGUCAGGCUGUGCCUGACAGCCGACGGAGUAAACUGAACUUCGCGGCAUUCGCUCGGGAGAGUGCUUACAGUGAGAGGAUGUAGGCCUAUUUUUUCUUUCCAAAUCUCGUAAGACCCAGAGUAAACGUACCAGAAGCAAGUAUGGAUCAACAAUGCGGCUGAGAAUGAAUCCAAUUGAUGUGUUUUUGCGGCCUGCUGGUACAUUGACGUUACCCAAACCCUAAGGGUUGUAAUGCCAGCGUAUCCCCGUUUCCCAUAGAUUGGCAGGCAAUUGCGAUCACCUGUUUGACAUGUACACCACGUUCUGACGAUUUACUGCAUUUUCUCAAUGGCUGACCAAGAGAAAGAGAAGGCCG